CGCAAUUACCAGUUCCUCUUUCUUCCAUCUCCCUCAUCUGACCUUUUGUUUUCUCGUGGUGUCAACAAUGGCAACAUCCACGCCAUCGUCGUCAUCUAAAAGUUGGAUCAGAAAUCUUUCAUCAAUUGCUUCUCGCAUCUAUUUCUUCCUCAUCAUUCUCCAGAUCCCGCUCUUCAGGGUCCCAUGCAGAUCUGGCAUGUGUACAACCCCUUUGCACGUGACUUCAUCCCAGUUGAUUGCAAGUGAAGUCUUUCCUGCACCCGUAGUUAAGGCACUUCUCUAUCCUGGAGCAAUUGUGAAUGGCCUUAUCAUGAAUUUGACGGUGCCCAGCUGGAGUAGCUUGUUAGACGUCUAUAACUUGACCAAUAUCAAGGAAGCCUCUGCUAUGACUGAUCUUCAACGCUUAGAGGUUCUUGCCGGAAGCUAUUUUUCAGUGGCUGGAGCCUUUGUGGGUCUUUUGAAGCCCGGAAGGAUGAGCAUGUUUGGAAGUCUCUUGGUAAUUUGGGGUCUUGUUAAGGAAGGAAUCCUCGGAAAACCUGUGAACACAGAUCCUGCCAAAGCUGUUUAUGUUUAUCCCACAAUGAUUAUUGCCAUGAUCUGUGCUUUCUCUUCGGUCAAGUAUGAUCUGAAGAAGGUAGCAGCUAGAAGUGCCCCUGCUCGACCAAUUGCAAAGCCUCUUCAAAGCUCAUCAAAAUCUAAGCUUAAGUGAGUCGAAAUGAAAUUUCCUUCUACUGGUUUUAUGUUUGAUUCUUACUCCUGACCAAUCCAAAGAUUUUUUAGGCAUGUAAUUCCCGUUUUCUGGAUCUAUUAGUUGUGUCGUGAUAUGCAUACACUUUUCUUCCUAGAUAUUCUUUCCAGCACUUCCUGACUUUCCCAAUUUGAAUAGGUAGAUCUGCAUCCAUUUGGUUCAAUUGUAUGAAUCAGAAAGAGAACUUUAGUCAA